UCUUUCCCGCGAUGACAGUUUCCUGCAGGCUUGCUGAGGCGGACUGCUCGCCCUCACAGUAGGAUGUGCUGACGGGGAGCAGGGUUAUUAAGAGUUGAGCUUCUCGGCAUGCAGUGGAUGAAGCUGUCAAAGUGAUUAUUAAUUCAUUUUUCAAGGAGCAGCGAAUGUCGCAGGUGGAUACCGGUGAGUGUGACGCUUCCUUGGCGGUAAGCGAAGAAAAAGAAGUUGUUUUUCGUUGGUGUUUGAUGCACGUAGUACUGAGGGCAAAUGAGUAACAAAAUGGACGGUUCAGCUGGACAGGGUGCCAAAGCCAAUGGCCCCAUUGCAGCACCUAACACCCCCACAAGUACAGUGGGUCCACCUCUGUCCCCAGAAGAGCUGGCCGAAGAGCAGCAAUCAUCCCUGACAGAUGUCACUCACAUGUGGAUUAACUUUGCCAAGACUUUUGCCCUCAUAUUUCCCAUCUAUGUCUUGGGAUAUUUUGAAUUCAGCUUUAGCUGGGUUCUGAUUGGACUUGCAAUGCUUUUCUACUGGAGGAAGAACUAUGGCAACAAGGACUACAGGGUAAACCGUGCCUUAGCGUUCCUGCAGCAGGAGGAGAAAGCGGUGAAGCAAAGUGUGCCAACCACAGAGCUGCCACCAUGGGUCCAUUAUCCAGAUGUGGAAAGAGUGGAAUGGCUGAAUAAGACGGUGAAGCAGAUGUGGCCGUUUAUCUGCCAGUUUGUGGAGAAGCUGUUCAGAGAGACCAUCGAGCCGGCGGUGAAGGGCGCCAACCCUCAUCUCAGCACCUUCUGCUUCACCAAGAUUGACAUGGGCGACAAGCCGCUGAGAGUGAAUGGAGUGAAAGUUUACACAGAAAAUGUGGACAAGAGGCAGGUUAUCAUGGACCUGCAGAUCAGUUUUGUCGGGAAUACAGAAAUUGACGUGGACAUCAAAAAGUACUACUGCAGGGCUGGAAUCAAAAGUAUACAGCUUCAUGGAGUGAUGAGGGUGGUGAUGGAGCCGCUGCUGGGGGACAUCCCUCUGAUCGGAGCCCUUUCUGUCUUUUUCCUCAAGAAACCUUUGCUGGACAUCAAUUGGACUGGGCUCACAAAUAUGUUGGACAUUCCUGGUGUCAAUGGGUUAUGUGACAAUCUACUGCAGGACAUCAUCUACAGCUACCUGGUGCUGCCAAACCGCAUCGACAUCCCGCUAGUGUCAGAGGCCCAGAUGGCUAGACUGCGCUUUCCCAUUCCCAAGUGCGUCCUGAGAAUCCACUUCAUCGAGGCUCAGGAACUGCUGCGUAAGGACAAGUUCCUGGGAGGGCUGGUCAAAGGGAAGUCGGAUCCGUAUGGAGUCAUCAAGAUUGGGACGGAUCUCUUUCAGAGCAAAGUCAUCCACGACACCGUAAACCCAAAGUGGAACGAAGUUUAUGAGGCCUUGGUGUAUGAUCACUCGGGAAGCAGUAUGGAGAUUGAACUGUUCGAUGAAGACCCUGAUCAGGACGACUUUCUGGGAAGUCUUGUAAUCGACAUGGCCGAGCUCCAGAAGGAACAGAAGGUCGAUGAGUGGUUUCCAUUGGAAGAAGUGGCUACAGGGAAGUUACACCUCAAACUGGAGUGGCUGUCUCUGUUGUCCACCCCUGAAAGGCUGGACCAGGUGCUGUCGAACGUCAGAGCAGAUCGCACUCAAGCCAGUGACGGCCUCUCGUCUGCGGUGCUCAUUGUCUUCCUGGAUUCGGCCAGAAACCUUCCGAGUGUCUUCGAGGGGAACUUGGGCUCUGGCUACUUAAAAGAGAGGCGCGCGGCGGGCCUCGUGUUUUGCGAGAACACGGCUUCUCUCUAUCGGAGCUUAUUUCGCAAUCCGUUAGAGUUCAACCAAGCGGGGCUGAGGAAGGGCUCGGUCAGUAAGGCCAUCAAGUCUGGUAAGAAGGUGACCAGUGAUCCCAGCCCGUUUGUCCAGUUCAGAGUGGGACACAAGUCCUACGAGAGUAAGACCAAAUAUAAGACUCAUGAACCGUUGUGGGAGGAAACCUUCACCUUCCUCAUCCACAAUCCCAAAGUCCAAGAGUUGGAGGUUGAGGUGAAGGAUGAGAAGCACGAUUGUUCAUUGGGGACAUUAACACUGCCCCUGACUCGCCUGCUGGAGGCAGAGGAGAUGACGUUGAACCAAAGGUUCCCUCUGAGGAACUCUGGACCGAGCUGUACCCUCAAGAUCAAGAUGGCUCUGCGGGUGUUGAGCAUGGAUAAGGGCACUUCAACAGCUUCAAAUUCCACCCCGUCCUCGGUGCAGGUCCGCAAAUCCGAGUCCUCCAACUCGACCCCACGGCCCUCUAUCUCCUCAGAAUCGCCCAAGCCUCCCACCUCUACCUCAGACAUUCCCAGAUCAUCCUCCGUGUCAGCCCAGGAGGUGCUGAGCAGGCAGAAAGAAGCUAAGGAGACUGUGAGGACCCAGCGAAGCAUGGACUUUGGGCAGGAUGGCAGUGCAGGUGGAGGAGGGAAGAGCUUGGCGGAGACUGGGAGAAGCACCUCAAACCUGGCCAUCUCGGGCUCCCAGCAGCACCUGGCCAGUGGCAAGGAGCCAACUCCCAGCAUUGCUUCAGACAUCUCCAACCCUUACGCUGCUCAGGAGCUGCAGCAAAGACUCGAGCACUUUCACAAUGGUUCAGGCCCCAGUCAUUUCCCACUGGGGGAGAUCCAGCUGACGAUCAGACACAGCUCCCAGAGAAACAAACUCAUCGUAGCUGUUCACAGCUGCAGAAACCUCAUAGCGUUCACUGAUCAUGGCUCGGAUCCUUACGUCCGGCUCUACCUGCUUCCUGACAAACGGAGGUCGGGUCGGAGGAAAACUCCCACAGUCAAGAAAAACCUCAACCCGGUCUACGAUAUGACGUUUGAGUUCAGCGUUUCCCUCGUGGAGCUCCACAGGCGGACUCUAGAUGUUGCCGUGAAGAACGGUGGAGGUCUGCUCUCCAAACACAAAGGCCUGCUUGGAAAGGUUCUGGUGGACUUGACUCAUGAUCACAUCACCAAGGGUUGGACAGAAUGGUAUGAGCUGAGCUCAGAUGGCCUGGCCAAGUCCAACCAACUUUAAGUCGCCAUCAUUAGUAUCGUCAUCAUAUCACCACACUUCCACUUUAUAUUCACUUCACUUCCAUCUCUACAGUACAAUGUGUUUUCUUUUAAUCAUUCUCAUUAUUUCUAACUGUAAGAAACAAACUGAUUAAGAAAAGCAGCUUUUGACACUCAUUUAAUCACAUCAGUCGCAAGGCAAACCUUCCCUUUAAGAAGUGAGUGAUUGGCUAAAGGGAGUAUAUACAUGUAGAGAACUAUACUACGUUGUGUAGUGCUAUGGAAACCUAUAUUCUAUAUUUAGAGAAGUGACUGUUUUUUGUUGUCUUUCCACAAAGAAUGACAGUGUACAAGUGUGUAAAUAAUGUACAGUGAUGCUGGACAAAUCAGAGUACGGGGGUGUAUUGUAGAAGUGAGAAGGAGUCGUGGUGUCUUACUUGGCCAAAUGAUUGUUUAUAAUUUUAUUUUAUUUGAUUUAAUUUUUAUUUUUUAAAUGCAAAAACAUUCUGGACAGAGUCGCACCAAAGAGACAAGUAUUUUUAUUAUUUAGCGCAGGUGGGAUUUUGAGUAACACAGUAAUACACUGGCUUUAUUUCACCGUAAUAACGAGUGUGUGCGUGCGUGUGUGUGUGUGUGUGUGUGUGCGCAAAACCCAAGCAAAAAUAACGAUGUGCACACACAAGUGUUGUUUCAUUUGCUGACACGUUUCUGGGUUUACAUUGAAAUAAGGCCAUUAUUAAGUGUUACUUGUUUGUUUUUUAAAAACUGAAUAUGAAUAUUUGCACGUUUUUUUUGUUUUGUUUUUUAAUCUGUUGAUGAUCAUAUUUACUCGGUGCAAACAUUGCCAAAAUUCAUCUAAAGUACAUUUUUUAAACAAUAAAAAGUGAUAAAAAAUAGUGUUGAAAGUUCAUGGAAUAGUUUAACAUUUUGAUGAAAACGUUUCACUCACAGGUCUCUGCAAGAAGAUGUGUAGCUUAGCCUAGCUUAGCUUAGUUUAGCCUAGCUUAGCUUAGCUUAGCUUAGUUUAACAAUAAAGUUUGUGUCUUUUUUGGAUUUCUUCCCUCUCUGUUUGUGUUACAUUUAUUCACCACAACUACAGGUUUGCCCGUUAAACCUGGACAUAAAAAAAAAUACUGAACAAAACCAAGUAACUAUUUGUAAAAAGUGAAGAGUGAGACCUAUUUCACUCUCACUAUUGGCCAUGGCUGUUGAGUCAGUGCACAGAUGCCAAACGUCUCAAUGCAUACCCGAGACAUCGGUGUUCCGGCAUUAUUCGACACCUUGGGAAUGGAAAUGGUCCAGAUGACCUCAAAAUUAUCUUUUAUUGUACCAUAAGGUGCUGUGUUAUAUACGUUAUCUUUCCUUACAGAGGAUUUAGUGUUUUGAAAUCAGUAAACUUAUUAAUAAACUAAGUAACAGCUGGCUAAAAUAAUUAUUUACGCUAAAGUUGUGUGAUAGGACUAAAGGCCACAUAGAGGAACCUUUUUUUUUUUAUUAGUGGUAGCUGAACAUCGGUAAACCUAAUUAACAAGCCGUGUUUAAAAAGUUUAAGAUGUUUUGGUUGCAGAGGGAGGCUCAUCAGAAGGCUAAGCUAAACUAAGCUAACUCAUCUCGACAGCUGCUGGUUUUAAGUUUUACGGGUUUUUGUUUUUCUCAAAAUGUGUUACUAUUCCAUCAUAAAACUGUAUUUUAACAGAAGUGUUUUAAGGAUCACCCACUCAUCCUCCAUGUACGUGAAGCCACUAUGUGUAGAAGUGUAAAUUGUCCAUGGAUACUCUCUAUUGGUCGUAUGGAAAAAGACAUAAUGACAAUCAAUUUUGGUUUUUAAACUUUUAUUUAUAUUUUAUGGUAGAGGCUUAACAUUAUAGAGACGAUAAAUGUUUUGGCUUGUGUUGGUUUAUGUCACCCGAUUUCAGAGGGAUUACAAAUUGGAGGGCAUCUACACAUAGUGGCUUUAAAAAUAUUUGGCACCAUGAUUUUCUUCAGUGAAACAAAUGUUUCUAUUAAAAAUGUAUUUGUAACACUCAGAGCAGGUUUUGUUGUUGUUGCGGUAGCAUUCAUAUUUCCACUAGCAUCAGCUGUUCAGUUUGUUUAUGAAUCCACUUAAGUCUUAACUCCGAAUGCCAUCUGAAGGAAGGUGCAGAGACAUGAGUUGAAAAUGAUCUUCCGCGUUUUGUUUUCUAUAUCUUUUUAAAUACAGUUUUGACUUUACAGCACACAAUCUGAAGGGAUUUGUAUCAGAAAAAAAUACAAAACAACCAUAGCUUUUGUGUAUGUGACCCGACGCAGCCAAAGAACAGCAGAUUUUCUGUUGAUAAGAGUUGGGUAGUUUGACCUUGGAUUCUCACAAUGUAACUUCUGGAUAUUUGCCUUGUGCUCACAUCAAGCAUUGACAAAGUAUUUUACAUUUAUGUAUGUUAACUGCAUUUUAAUGUCUUGAUGUUUUUUAUUUGUGUUUCCCGUCUUUUCUGUAAAGCAUCAGAUUUGAAACCUGUGCCUCUGGGGUCGGGUUUGUCUUCUCCCAUAUGGAAGUAACAUAACAAAACUAAAUGCUGGUUUUACAUGUAUUGUGUGUCUGGUGAAAGUGGCCCCUUACUUUUUUCUUUUUCUUUUUUUGUGUGUCAUGCAACAUAAUUAUAAAUAUUCUGUAUGCAAGGGGGAAAAUUCACAAGUAAACUAUAGUAUAUGACAUGUGAGUAUUUUGGGACUUGUGUUACAUUUGCUCUUAGAGAGAAUGGGACUUUUCUUUUUCUCUUCUAUUCCAUAUGGGCUGAAAAGCAGUUUCACUUCUGUGUCUUCUUAAUUUAUCUCGUGCCUUAAAAUGUACAUGACCCAGAGAUAUUUACAUGUUUGGAAAGAAGCAACAAAAUGCUAAAACAGCUUCCUUGUUCCUGAAUGUCUCCUAAAUGUCUUUUAAAAUUAAUAAAGAGCUUUGGCUGGCUUAUAGCAGCAUGAAGCUGUACAGGA